CCAUUCUCUCGCAUUACUCUCUCACCCCUAUUUGCUCUCACCGUCUUGCUCUCACCGGCUUUCCGCAUCGCGGCCAAGUUCUAUAUACAAAUAUACCGUGCAUCGCAGCAAAGCCGCAUACGGAUACGGCAUUGAAAGCCUCACAUCUUUCACUGCAAGUUUCACUACAAUUGCUCAUUUUUUACAACACGGGGAGGUUGGCUUGCUUGUAGCUUUCAGACCAGAGAACUUUGGCAAGUUUUUGCUGCAAGUUGCCUGAUCUCAGCUGUCCAUCAUAAUGAGUCUCCAGAGAGUUUUCUCACUGCAGAGUCAUGUUGUGUCUGGUUAUGUUGGGAACAAGAGUGCAACAUUUCCACUUCAGGUCCAUGGGUUUGACGUGGACGCCGUGAAUUCGGUGCAAUUCUCCAACCACACUGGCUAUAAAUGCUUCAAGGGCCAGGUUCUGAACGACUCCGAACUUGAGGAGCUGGUGUCCGGUCUGCGUCUGAACGACAUCAACAAGUACUCGCACCUGCUGACCGGCUACAUCGGCGCCCCGUCCUUCCUACUGAAGGUGGCGGACGUGGUCAAGGAGCUGAAGCAGGUCAACCCGGACCUCGUCUAUGUGUGUGACCCGGUGAUGGGUGACAACGGCAAGAUGUACGUACCGGCCGAGCUACUGCCGCUCUACAAGGAGCACAUCAUACCACUGGCCGACAUCCUGACACCCAACCAGUACGAGGCCGAGCUGCUGACUGGUCAGAAGAUCUCCUGUGAGGAGGACGCUCUGCGUGUCAUGGACCAGCUGCACGAGGCCGGGGCGCGAACGGUGGUUCUCUCCAGCACGGACCUCGGCUCGGAGGAGACCCUGGUCGGCCUGGCCAGUAUCAAAGACAAUGACACCAGUCGCCGUAUCCGUAUCAACAUUCCCCGUCUGCCGGCCUCGUUCACCGGCACGGGGGAUCUGUUCGCCGCCUGUCUCCUGGCCUGGAUGCACAAGACCAACGGAGACCUGAAGACCUCCUGCCAGAAGACGGUGGCCACCCUGCAGGAUGUGCUCAAACGCACCCUGAAACACGCACAAGAUCUGGCCGGACCGGACGGAAAGCUCGGGGUGCGCGAGCUCGAGCUGCGACUAGUCCAGAGUCUGGACGACAUCAGACAGCCCAAGUCGGACGUCGUCGUCGAGGACAUCUAGCGGCCAGGAUGUCAACUACAGCUUACACAGGCCACCGCCCUGCCGGACCGCGUCUCGCUAUCAAGCCAAAACGUGUGUUGUCGAUCAGUGCUUUUGGGAUGCGGAGGCCGGGGUGGAGUCAGGCUGUAGGUGUGAGAGAAAGAAGAGCUUCCAGGCAUAUUUGCCACCAAAUAUCAAGGAUCAAUGAAGGCUUGUCGAUACACCGGUGGCCGUGAGGUAGUUGUGGAAGUUAAGUCUGCCAUAAUCACGUAGAACACUUGCCGAUGGUGUCCACUAACACAUAGUCAAUACGUUUGUCCUUGUUCCCGUCGAAGACAUUGUGUGUAUUUUAUGCAAUAUUUUGUGUGCAAUAGGUGGAAGUAGGGUUUGCACCGAGUGAUAAAGCUCUAAUCAAUGAGUCCCGCGCGCUGACGUAGAUUGAGUGACGAUGUAGCUGAUUGAAUAUUUUACGGAGUGAUUUGACUGAUUCGGGAGUGAACUGUGGUUGUUGGGUUGCAAAAGAUGCGUGGUACAUUCCACAUCGGCUUACAUUAUUUCUCAGGUCGCUGCUCAUUGUGUCAUCGUACUUAAUUGAUUUUCCGUGGGAUUUUUUGUCCUGGGCUGGUUGUGACUGUCCUGGUUAAAUAUAUCGGUGCAUGUGUC